AACAAACUUAAGUUGGUACUUUGCGGGUGUAGUUAGGUGGCUGUUGAAGUUAGCAUUUUAUUAGAAAUUUGUUCUAUUUAAUGUUUUUAUCAAAAUGAUUUCAAUUUUGGGUACUCAAUCAAUAUUAAUUGUAUCUUAUACUAAAGUAAAUUAGCGAUAGAAGGUAUUAAAAUUGUCAAUAUUGACAAGCAGAUCAAGAUGUCGAAGAGAUCCGCAGAAGAAAGUGGCAAUGGCAGCGGUCAACCGCCAAUCAAGAAAGUCCACUUCGAACCUCACCUCAUCGGCCCCGUGUCGACUCUUGAGGAAAUGGACAUAAAAGUCCUUCAAUUCCAGAAUAAGAAGUUAGCCCAGAGGAUAGAACAACGUCACCGGUGUGAAGCAGAACUACGAGCUAGAAUAGAACAGUUAGAAAAGAGACAGACACAGGAUGAUGCAGUGCUCUGUGUAGUAAACCGUUACUGGAACUUGCUUAAUGAAGACAUCAGAGUGUUGUUGCAGAGGUUCGAUGCCGAGACAGCUGAUGAAUCAGAAAACAAAAAUGAAAACGAGGCAACUACAUCGUUCUUGAUGCAGUUGUCAACAUGGGACAAGGAGGAGUUGGACGCGCAGCUGGCAAACAGAGUGCAAGUGAGCAAGAGAGCUGUGGCCAAAGUUUUACAAGCGUUUGACAGGCUACAGCAGAGAAAUGACAAGAUUUGGAAAGCUAUUAAAGGAGAAGGCGAAGAGGGCGGUCCAGCCCCUCCCCUGGAAGAGACAGUGCGGGCGGCCAACGGCGAGGUGACGGCGGAGAACAGACGCCUGCAAGCGCUGUGCACGACGCUGCACGACGCGCACCACGCCAUGACGCUGCGUGUGGCGCGUCUGCAGGACGCCGUCAACAGCCGCGACACCGAGAACGCGGAGCUCAAGAACCAGAUUGAUGAUCUGCAGUACGAGCUCAUGAAGGUCCGUUCGCGUAACGACAAACUAGAAAACCACCUAGCGGAAGCGAUCGAGAAGCUCAAGAGCUACCAUCAAUCGGGGGCCACAGCGGCGAGCGGGCCCAGCUCGUCGGCAGCUCCGGCGGCGCACUCGGCCGCCGCCGCCGCCCGGCUGGAGGACGCGGCGGCCGAGCUGGAGGAGCUGCGGGAGCUGGCCAACAACCGCUUGGCUGAGCUCGACCGUCUGCAUCGGGAACACAGGGACACCUUGAAGGAGGUCGAGAAGCUCAAAAUGGAUAUCCGGCAACUGCCCGAGUCGAUAAUCGUGGAGACGACGGAGUACAAAUGCCUACAGAGCCAGUUCUCGGUGCUGUACAACGAGUCCAUGCAGAUGAAGACGGCGCUGGACGAGACGCGGCUGCAGCUGCAGAACGCCAAGAACCUGCAUCUGAGGCAGAUCGAGAUGAUGGAGAGCGAAGAAUUAUCCAGACAAAAGGCGCUAAGAGCGGAAAUGAUCCAAUUAGAAGACGUGUUAGGUCAACUUAGGAAAGAAUAUGAAAUGUUGCGUAUAGAAUUUGAGCAGAACCUAGCAGCGAAUGAGCAAACGGGGCCCAUCAACAGGGAAAUGAGGCACUUGAUUACGUCCUUACAGAACCAUAAUCAACAGUUGAAAGGGGAAGUGCACAGGUACAAGAGGAAAUAUAAGGAUUCAAGUCAGGAGUUGAAUAAGGUCCGCAAGGAGUUGGAGGAGGCGAGUGCGCGCGGCGGCGAAGUGGCCGACGAGAAGCCGCUCACUGUGAAGAAGGAGGAGCCCGACCCCGAGGGGUCGGAGGGCAGCAGCGGCGGCGCGGGCGCCGCGGACUCCAAGCCCGCUGUGAAGGAUCAGCGCAAGCUGCUCGACCACGAGCUGCUCGUCAAGGACCUCAAGCUGCAGCUUAAGAAGGCGGUGAACGAGCAGAAAGAGCUGAAGCUUCUGCUAGACAUGUAUAAAGGCGUGAGUAAGGAACAGCGGGACAAGGUGCAGCUGAUGGCUGCGGAGAGGAAGGCCAGGCAGGAGCUGGAGGACCACCGGCAGAAGGCCAAGAUACAACAGGAGAGCAAACGCGAGCGACGCCUGGCGGACGAGGACGCGCUGCGCAAGAUCAAGCAGCUGGAGGAGCAGAAGUACGAGCUGCAGAAGCAGCUGGCGUGCGCGCGGCCCAGCGCUGACCCGCUGCACGCCUUCUCCAGGCCCUUCGCCGGCUCACAGGAAGAAGAAGCCCUGUUAAAUGAGAUGGAAGUAACUGGUCAGGCGUUCGAGGACAUGCAGGAACAGAACUCGCGGCUGAUCCAGCAGCUGCGGGAGAAGGAUGAUGCCAACUUCAAGCUCAUGUCCGAGCGGAUCAAGGCCAACUCCCUCCACAAGCUGCUCCGAGAGGAGAAGCAGUUGCUGCAGGAACAGGUGGUGACCCGCGACCAGCAGAUCGAGUCGAUGGGCGCGGUGGCGCGGCGACUGGAGGAGAAGGAGCGGCUGCUGCAGAGCACGCUGUCGGCGGUGGAGAAGGAGCUGGUGCUGCGACAGCAAGCCAUGGAGAUGCACAAGCGCAAGGCCAUCGAGUCUGCGCAGUCCGCCGCCGAUCUCAAGCUGCAUCUCGAAAAAUACCACGCACAAAUGAAGGAGGCGCAGCAGGUGGUGGCCGAGAAGACCAGCGCGCUGGAGGCAGAGGCCUACAAGACAAAGCGGUUACAUGAGGAGCUAGCUAUGUUGCGACGGAAAGCAGAGCGCAUGAAGAAGAUGGAGCAAGCGGGGAGCAGCAUGGACGAGGUGCUGCUGGAGGAGAUCAAGGAGUAUAAGGAGACCCUCACCUGUCCCUCGUGCAAGGUGAAGCGCAAGGACGCGGUGCUGACGAAGUGUUUCCACGUGUUCUGCUGGGACUGCCUGCGCACGCGCUACGAGACGCGACAGCGGAAGUGCCCCAAGUGCAACGCGGCCUUCGGCGCCAACGACUACCACCGCCUCUACCUGUCCACCUAGGCUGCGCCGCGCGAGCGAGAGACUCAGGAAUAAAGGUGAUCGUUUUUUGACUCUGAAUCGGCGAAGUCGAAACGAGUUAUUGAAGAAAAAACCCUAAAUAUAUAUCUAUUGUCGAAGCGUAAAUACUGGUAAAAUACAGUAGAAUUUCACCACGCGUCCAUUCUAUAAGGGUAUAAUGCUCUCUCGGAAUGAUUUUCACAUAAUAAUUGAAUACAGAAUUUAUUACCGGAACGGUAAAAUUUAAUGUGCAGAUGACGAUAUCCGUCGUUUCUGAUAUGAUGCAACUACUCUAGUUGAAUAUUUAAUGGUUACAUCUUGGUGUUAUCGGUGUAGAUUACAGAUCUUGGUGUAAAUUUCAUUAAUCCCCUGUGCAAUCGAUACUUCAACGUGAUUAAAAUCAAGUAAAAAAUCAAUUAAGAGGUUAUUAGUAUUGUAUAUAUUAAUUUAAUUUGUAGUUAGAAAAAGAAAGUUUUUUGUAUGCAAUAUGUGUUAGGAACAUUAUCUGAAACAAAAUAUUGACUUGAAAUGACGUGGCUAUCACGCAUGCAGCAGUAUUGAGUGAGUGAAUGAUUGGUUGUGAAUCUGAUAGUGUGAGGUACGGAAAUAAAUUAUUUGACUCGUGCAUUGCAUGUAUUGUGUCAAAUGCAAGAAUGUAUGAAUUCGGUUUUAAAUGACAAGUUUGUUAUUGAAUAAUAUGGAACUAAUGAUGUACACUAAUAAUAUUUAAAGUCUCAAUCAAAGUCAUAUCUAUAGAUUGUCUUAACACAAAAUUGACUUGUAGAAAAACUCUUCCUAUAUAUAGAAUGUGGGAUUACAUAUGUGUUACGAUAUUUGCCUCCACUGACACUAUAUUAAAUUAGCACUGAUCUGAAUAUCGUUUACAAAAUUGAAUUCGAAUAUGUAACGAAUUUCUAUUUACUUCGUUUAAACACAUGAGACACCCUAACGCAUGAUUGUGUCAUACAAGUAUUGAAGGAUAAGUUUACAUCCAAUGUGAUGGAGACCACAGUCUGUCUACAAGGAGUUCUACUACAUAUCGAACUACAUAUUUUUCUCAUUGCAAUAUCAAAUAGAAUGGUCAAGAUUGGUUGAUAAACUCCAGUGUUGCCUCCCAGUGUUGCCAGACAAAAGAAAACAGUACCCUCAUUUUUUUCUACUCUUUAUAAACAGACUGUACUUAAGCUAUAAAUGUUGUAAAUCCAAGACUGCUAGAAGAAUAUCUGUGUUUGACGCAGACGGUGUCAACAAAUGAGACUCAUUCAUUCCUUUAUUGCUUCUGUUCAUGGAAUUAGUAAAGUACUUACUAAAUCCAUGCUUCUCUUCACAUGAAUUACAAUUCGUUCAAAGCGGAAAUUGAUAUGCAUUUUGCAACAUUGUAUAUGAGUUUUAUUAAUGUAUAUUUAAGUAUAUCAUGAAAUCGAACAAGUGGAUAUAGUUGAUAAUGUCUAUAUUUAAGAAUUAUUUUGUAUAACUAAAAGGACACGCUCGCGAGUAUGGAUUGAACGUGAAGAGCCGUCGUUUCCAUACUUGGGUAGAAAAUAAAUUCAGAGCCCACUGACUGAUAUAUUUAUGUUUUAGGUUUAACAUUUUCAUUGGGCUUAGCUCUGAUAGUGAAUAUGAAAUGGAACUAGAAUAGUUUCUAAUGAUGUAUUGUAAACAAUAUCAAAAUCGUACUGUGACUUAUAUUUGUAUGUCAGGUUUUGUUUUGUGAUCUUUGUGUAAAAGUAAGACUUGAAAUUAAAUAGGGUCAUACUUUUGACCAAAUAUCAAAGAAAAAACGGCUUCUAUUAAUUUCAUCUAUCUAGUAAGAAAAAUCACUAAAUGAAUUAUCCAAACAUAUUUUAACAUUAUCUGGUUUUGACAAAACCAGCAUUCGAAAACAUCUAUUCAUUUUUGAUAUAUGUUUAGCCAUCGGAAUAUCACAGUAUUUGAUUGUAAAGGUUUAUAAUUAAGUUCGAUAAUACUUUAGUAAGAUUGCUUUAUACUUUCGUUUAAAAGUUAUCGGCCUUCGAUUGCUCCAUCCAGUUGUCAAGAUUUUUCCCUUUAUGUAAUACAAUAAAGCCUUUGACCCGUGGUUUGGCCAACAGAAAUUAAAAAUCCUAUGCUUUAUGUUUUGGUUUGUUUCAUAAAUAACGAACUAUUUAUAGUUACGAUAACUAUUUAUAGAGUAACACAAAAAAUAUUUAUUGACUGAUGUUUGAUUAAAACUCAUUUUUGAAUAGUUUUCGUAACCAUGUGUAAAAUAAUUUAUGAAAGUGUAAACCUACCUACACUAGAUGAAUUUGUGGUCAGCCAUUUCUUUAAUCCCACUAAUACGAUAAAAAAAGUUUGGAUGUGAAGAUGUUGUUGUUCGAUAUCUUGCAUGUUAUUCGAUAUACAAGUAGAAUAUAAUCUGGAAUAACACAUGAUUUCCGGAUUCUCGGAGCGAAGCCGGGGGCACAGCUAGUGACUCGAUAAAUAAAUCACAAAAAUUCUAUAGAUGUUUAGAAUAAUUUAGAUGGAAUUUGGUGUUCCUUUUGAUAAAACAUGUCAUAAAUUUGACAUAUUUAACAUUCAGUGCAAGGGAUUGUAACAUUGAAUAUUGUAAUAUUAAUUUAAAUGGAGUAUGUCGAAUAAAUGUCUCAAAACUUA